CGGGAUCAAAUGCAGCUGUUUUAAAUCAGAGCCUCUGAUUUGAUUCUAUGAGGAAGAGAAAAAGGGAGGGAGAGAAUGAAAGAAAAGGAGAGACCUGAGCUCUUGAAGACACAUCCAUGUUUGGGGGCUGCAUGAAAGCAUGACACAAGUUUUAGGUAGGAAGAGACUCAGAACCAUGAGGAUUUUGGAAGCCGAGGGGAAAAGAGCCUCAGAAGUGAGCAUGGAAGUCUUCUGAGCAUUCAUAAGGAAGCUAUUUUGCCAGCCACUUCAUUAUGGGAGGAGAGAAGUUUGACUCCACGCACCCUGAGGGUUACCUAUUUGGAGAGAACAGUGAUCUGAACUUUCUGGGGAACAGACCAGUAACGUUUCCUUAUGCUGCCCCACCUCCCCAAGAGCCCGUGAAGACUCUGAGAAGCCUGAUCAACAUCCGGAAGGACACACUAAGACUCGUAAAGUGUGCGGAGGAGGUAAAGACCCCUGGAGAAGAGGUUGGCAGAGCUAAAGUCCGCUACAACGUGGAGUUCACCUUUGACACUGACGCUCGGGUGGCCAUCACCAUCUACUAUCAGGCCACGGAAGAGUUCCAGAAUGGGAUUGCCAGCUACAUCCCCAAAGACAACAGCCUGCAGUCGGAGACGGUGCACUACAAGCGAGGGGUUUGUCAGCAGUUCUGCCUGCCCUCUCACACCGUGGACCCCUCCGAGUGGCCGGAGGAGGAGCUUGGCUUUGAUCUGGACCGAGAGGUUUACCCUUUAGUGGUCCACGCCGUGGUGGAUGAAGGAGACGGUAAUGGGCAUUUUCUGUCUUCUUUCGCUGUACACACUGCCCUUUGGUGGUGCACGAACAACAGGCCCUCUCCAUCGGGAUCAGAGUAUUUUGGCCAUUGCCAUGUACUGCUGGGCACUUUCGAAAAGCACGCAGAUGGAACUUUCUGUGUCAAGCCCCUCAAACAGAAACAAGUGGUAGAUGGCGUCAGCUACCUCCUUCAGGAGAUCUAUGGAAUUGAAAACAAGUACAACACACAAGAUUCUAAGGUGGCUGAGGAUGAAGUAAGCGAUAACAGUGCUGAGUGUGUGGUGUGUCUCUCAGAUGUCCGGGACACUUUGAUUCUGCCCUGUCGCCACCUCUGCCUGUGUAACACGUGUGCCGACACCUUGCGCUACCAGGCCAACAACUGCCCCAUCUGCCGACUGCCCUUCCGGGCACUGCUUCAGAUCCGGGCCAUGAGGAAAAAAUUGGGCCCCUUGUCCCCAACCAGCUUUAACCCCAUCAUCUCGUCCCAGACGUCUGACUCGGAAGAGCAUUCGUCCUCAGAGAACAUUCCACCAGGCUACGAAGUGGUGUCUCUUCUGGAAGCCCUCAAUGGGCCCCUCACCCCAUCCCCAGCGGCCCCAGCCCUCCACGUGCUUGGAGAUGGCCACCUGUCAGGAAUGCUGCCCUCCUACGGCAGCGAUGGCCACCUGCCCCCUGGCAGGACACUCUCCCCGCUCGACCGCCUGUCUGACUGCAGCAGCCAAGGAAUCAAGCUCAAAAAGAGUCUUUCCAAGUCUGUGUCCCAGAAUUCUUCCGUGUUGCAUGAAGAGGAAGAUGAGCGUUCUUGCAGUGAGUCAGAGACCCCGCUCUCUCAGAGGCCUUCAGCCCAGCAUCUGGAAGAGGAAUGUGGUGUAACCCCGGAAAGUGAGAAUCUUACCCUGUCAUCCUCGGGAGCUAUUGACCAGUCAUCUUGCACGGGGACGCCUCUCUCUUCCACGAUCUCCUCCCCAGAAGACCCUGCCAGCAGCAGUCUGGCCCAGUCGGUCAUGUCCAUGGUGUCCUCCCAGAGCCAGCACUCCCAGAUCAGCACCGACACGCUGUCCUCCAUGUCCGGCUCCUACAUCGCCCCUGGCACUGAGGAAGAGGCGCUCCCCUCGCCGCGGGCCGCCAGCAGGACCCCCUCAGAAGGAGAGAUGAUGCCGGCAGCAUCCGCAGACAGCAACUUCAUCGGCCUGGCCGCCGAAGAGCAGGACGCAGAGGGGAAUGAUGUUAUAGAAGAGGACGGAUCGCCCACACAAGAAGAUGGCCAGAGGACAUGCGCAUUUCUAGGUAUGGAGUGUGACAAUAACAAUGACUUUGGCAUCGCCAGCGUGAAAGCACUGGAUAAUAAGCUGUGCCCUGAGGUCUGCUUACCCGCAUCCCCUGAAAUGAAGACUUAUUUGAACUCAGAACAGCCACGUCACAUCGUGGGUCCAGUGCUUUACUCGCUCAGCGAAGCGGCUAGAGGCUUUGGAGUGGUGCAGCCUCCUGUGGCAGCCACUGUCCCGUCAGCCUGUGAGAGACGCCAGGCCUCUCACGCCCAGCCCCACACCGGCUGGUGGCCCGGAAGCCGUGAUUCCCAGAAGAUGCUUUCUCCAGCCUUUCAAAGGCCUCUCUCCGGUUGUUUUCCGUUUAGUGCGUCCUGAAGAUACUGCCCAGGACUCUGACGUUCAGUGAGGCCAAAAGAUGCCAUGUCAGUCCUCCCUGCUUCUCCCGCCUGCUGGUGGAGGAGGGAGCGUGGACCCAGUCGGGCCUGGACUGGAGCUGUGGGGCCCGGGCACACGUCACUUCCUGCCUUCCCACUCCUCACCUCGCUUCCGUCUGUCCAUUUGUUUUUCACGUCUUUUUGCCAAACGUAAAUCUGUCUGUCUGGUUUGUUUCUUUGGAAGCUCAUUUCUGUUGCGUAGAGUUCGUGUGGAGGUUCAUGUUCACCGCGCCAGCACCGUGCCCCCUCCACCCGGCCACGCUGUGUCCGACACCACGCUUGCUGGGUGUGCGCACAUCCCAGAGGCUCCUGCUUACGUCUCCAGUCCUAACUGGCAAGGGCCUGCAUUCAUCUGAUAGAUUCUCUGAGAAAAAAUAUUUGCAAAGAUAAAUUAAUCCCUGCUCCACAAAACAUGGGGACGCUUCUGUGGCAAGCAUUAUGAGGAUUUGAGUUGGCAUCCCAUGUCACUAGGCAGGAAAGAUGACAUCUCUGCCCUGUGUCUGUGGCCGCUCUCUAGCAGCCACCCUUUGGCUAGGCUCCUGCCUCCCUCGAGGGGCACCCCCACCCACCCCCGUUUUUUGGCAGAGGGAGCUGCCGGGAACUGUUUUAGGCAACCAUGCUGGUGGAAACGGAGCUUGUUCUUUCUUUCUGCUUCCUCCUGCCCCUGACCCCCUCUGGCCAACCUGCUUGGUGAUAUUUAUUCCACUUACGGGACUGCUUGCGGGAAGAGGAAAGGACCCUGGGGUUCCUUACUCUCAAGAGCCAGCGGGCUGAGAUGAGACUAGGUUCACAGUUCAGGCCAGUCGUGCAACCAAAUGCCUGUGACGCCUGUCGGGAGAGCGACUCAGAAGCACCUGAGGUGUCCCCUUGCCCCCCCCCCCCGCCCCCGGAGGUCUCAGGGGAGAGGGAAAGUACGUCUGCUUUCUUGGUAAAACGUUUGUCUGGUUCUGCUGUUAGCAUCACACUGGUAGCAACGGGAUGGGGACCUCUCAGGAAGCAUCUGUUGGGUUAAUAACAGGAGUAUCCACUUCGGUAGGUCCCGUGGAAUAAAUAGGCCUCCUCACGCUCAGCUCUUAAGUUCACACUUCCAUCCUGUGACUGAGACGCCCACGGGCUGGCUCGGCUCCAUGUUCUGCGGCCGUCAGGACACCUUCUCAGGCACUCGGUCUCCUCUUGAGUCUGUUUCCCUCUCCAGGUGGCGCCGCUCCCUUCACGGAGGGCUGAGGUUCUAGAAGCAGAGCCGCGGGGAGCCUCCCGUGCUUUCCCCUGUGCCACAUGCCAUCCCCCCCCCCCCGUGCUCACGCGCGCUCUGCCGGGAGACCCAGCUGACGACGAAGACCACGCGGAUCCCCAUCCGCACCACUCUCAUCACACUCAUGGGGGUGUCACUGGGAAGGCACCCGUAUCUCACCAGCCCUUCUUCCCCUAAGAAGCUUCUGAGCCUUCUUGGGCCCUAAGACCAAGGGGGUGGCGUGUUCUGAGAUUGUUCUCAAAGGUCGCAAAGGAAGGAAGUCGAAGCUGACAGGUGCAGGUGGUGAGCAGGUUAGAAUUGUGAAGCCAUGCUAGGUAGAUGUGGUUCCAAGGAAUUGGAUGGAGUAGUACACAGGCGGCAGCGGGGGCCAGGGCACCAGUGGUAAGUCCGAACAGAUUCCGGGUAGGGUAUGUGAUGGAGAAAAUAAAACAAAACUCAUUUGGGUUUGUUGGUGGAAAUAGAAAUAUAUUUUUAAAUGACCUCAUUGUGCAGGAGUGGACAUACCCAGUGAAACCUAGCAAUACCUACAGAAACCUGAAAUUCAGGUCACUCCUCUCUUCAAGCCUCAUAACCUGAGACGGAGAUGCUGCUAGGAAAGUUCACGCCUCAUAGACACGAAGGGAAAAUCUGAAUUCGGUUUCUCUUUCCACUGGAAACUCUUUGAGACAAUCACACUAUUCUAGCGCUUACAUCUAAUCAGUGGCUUGGUAGAGGCAGGAAAGGGGUGUGAGGAAUUCCCCUAAAUAUGCUCCCCAAAUCUACCUCUAGAGGUCUCUCUGCUCGCCCAUUUCUCCUCCUCUAGAUGGGACUUGCAGGGAAGGCCCCUUGAUCUACCUCCACGAAGGAUUUCAGUCACCAAGCUCCAGCGUCUGGCUGGAGGGCUGGACGGGGGCCGCGGGAGAGCCCCCGCAGGGUUUUGCCGAGGGCCCAUCACAUCCCGUGCAGGGGGGAGGGCACCUUGUUAUCGCUGCUCAACCUCCGCCUCGCCGCCGAGCACAUCAAGAAGCCCGGGAGAACAGAUACUGGAGCUCUAGUCUUGAGGCUAUUCCAGAAGGAACGGUUUUCAGCCGGGGCUAAGGCUUCUAGGGUGGUGGAGUUGGUAGCAAGGACUCCUGUGGAUUCAGAGUCAGGACAGCCUGUCGGUCCGGCAUCCCGUGGCGAGCUGGUUGGUGGCGGCGGUGGCAUGGAUUGUAACGUGUGCGUGCGUGUCUGUCUUCUCUCUUGUUCACCGUUUGCUUUUGGUCUCUCCC